AGUUCUUCACAAAUCGUGUGCUUGGUUUGCCGCCCCUUCAGAAGAGAACUGGAUGCAGCUCUUCCAGCCUGCCUUGCUCUUGCACAAGUCUCAGUUGGGUGGAUUGCCAAGUUGGCUUGGGUAAAAAACCCAAACAAAACAACACAGCAGAAGAUGUUUCACGUUGUUCAAUGUCAGCCUUUAAGGCUUUUAACCCAAAACAGUCUUUCUGGCAUGUGUUUAAAACUGAUGCUUUCAAGACCUGUUGCAUUUGCACAGAUAUGGAAGUCAUGGUUCUCAAGCCAUUCUCUUGUUGGAAACAAAAAUAUUAUCCUGAUGGGACUUCCGGGUGCUGGGAAAACAACGACUGGGAGAAUAGUAGGUCAGAAGCUAGACUGCCCUGUCAUAGACAUAGAUGACGAUGUCCUUGAAACAACCUGGAAUAUGAGUGUGUCGGAAAAACUGCAGGAUGUUGGUAAUGAGCAAUUUUUAGAGGAGGAAGGAAAAGUCCUGUUGACAUUUUCAGCAUCUGGAAGUGUCAUUUCCCUUACUGGGUCCAAUCCAAUGCAUGCUGCUGGCAUGCAGCAUAUGAAAAAAAAUGGGAUAGUUGUGUAUCUGGAUGUGCCCACAGCAGUCAUUAUGAGCAGGCUGAAAUCGAUGAAAGUGGAUCGCAUUGUGGGCCAGUCUCCUGGUAUUUCUCUCAAGGACAUACUUCAGUUUAGGAAGCAGUUCUACAAAAAGUGGUAUGACAUCCGUGUUCUUUGUGGAGGGGAUAUUGCAGCAGAGAUUGUAGCAGAAAAAGUACUUGAUGCCGUGAAGAGAUACCAAAACUCGGAACUGGAAACUUUCAUUUCAACUAGAUCUAGUAGGUCUGGAAGAAGUAUGGAAAAAGACUCUCAUAAUUAUUUCAGUGAUGUUGUUAUUCAGGGCUUAGCCCCUGACGGAGGACUCUUUGUUCCUGAGAGAGGACUUCCCAGAUUCACUGCUGGAGAAUGGCAAGGCCUAAUAGAAGCAACUUACAUUGAAAGAGCCCAGGUGAUACUAGAAAGAUGCAUACAUCCUGCUGAUGUUCCUGCUUCUAAGCUGGCAGAAAUUAUUGGAACUGCUUAUGGAGAAAACUUUACUUGUUCUAAAAUUGCUCCAGUUAGACAUCUGGCAGGCAAUCAGUUUCUCCUUGAGUUAUUUCAUGGCCCAACAGCAUCAUUUAAAGAUUUUGCAUUACAGAUGGUGCCACAUAUAUUUGCAUACUGCAUUCCCAGAAGCUGCAAUUACUUGGUUCUGGUAGCUACUUCGGGUGACACAGGGAGUGCUGUCCUAGAUGGCUUUAGUCGCCUCCAUGACACUGACAAACAGAGAAUUGCUGUGAUUAAUUUUUUUCCUGAGGAUGGAGUAAGCCCAAUUCAAAAAUCACAGAUGAUUGGCUGUCAGAAAGAAAAUGCUUGGUCAAUAGGUGUCAAAUCUGAUUUUGAUUUUUGCCAGACAGCUAUAAAGCAAAUCUUUACUAAUUCUGAUUAUACUGGCUUUCUUACGGUAGAAUAUGGAACAGCUUUAGCUGCAGCAAACUCCAUAAACUGGGCACGACUGCUUCCUCAGAUAGUUUAUCAUGCUUCUGCAUACCUUGAUCUUGUUCAUCAGGGUAUUAUUCCUUUUGGAAGCCCUGUAGAUGUUUGCAUUCCUACAGGAAACUUUGGCAACAUACUAGCGGCUUUGUAUGCUAAAAUGAUGGGAAUUCCUAUUAGAAAAUGUAUUUGUGCUUCCAAUGAAAACAAUGUUUUGACUGACUUCAUAAGAACAGGUGUUUAUGAUUUGAGGGGAAGAAAAUUAAUUCCCACAUUUUCACCAGCAGUAGAUAUUUUGAAGUCCUCCAAUCUCGAGCGAUACUUGCACCUGAUUGCUAAUGAGGAUGGACAACUGGUGACACAAUUAUAUAACCAGCUGGAAAAUAAGGGCCACUUCCAGCUACGGAAAGAUCUACUUGAAAAGCUUCAGCGAGACUUGGUGGCUGGGUGGUGCUCUGAGGAGGACUGUCUGGCUGCCAUUCACUCUGUAUACAGUACUACAGGAUAUAUUUUGGAUACACACACAGCUGUUGCUAAAGUAGUUGCAGAUCGAUUACAAGAUAGAACUUGUCCAAUUAUUAUUUCAUCUACGGCUCAUUAUUCUAAGUUUGCACCUGCUAUCUUGAGGGCCUUGAGGAUUGCAGAAAUAAACCAGAAUCCCUUAAGUCAGCUUUACUUGCUGAGUUCUUACAGCCCUCUGCCUCCAGUCCACUGGGGCCUGUUAGAGACCUUGAAAAAGAAGGGAAGUGAGGAACACCAGGUCUGUGCUGCUGAUAUGAGUAUGCUAAUGUCCUGUAUAGAAACCUUAAUUCAGAAUCGAUUUAUGAAAGUUUUCUGAGCAACUGAUCAGAUGUCCACUGUGUCAAUUGUGAUACGUUCUUAACAAGCUGCAUGUUUUAAUAAAGCCAUGAUUCAUCUGGCCUGUGUCCAAUCCACAGCAUAACGUCUGCAGUUUUAUACUCUGUUGUCAAGUUUUCAACAGUAUUUGUAAGUAACACAUGUGAGAUUUCUAGUAGUGGUGAAAGGUUGUGAAUUGAGAAUUUAUAAAAAACUGGAAUACUUUUUUGCGGGUCAUAUGUAGCAGAGACACCAGUACUGCUGGCUUUCUUUGGCAGUGCUGUCUCCUUCACAAGCCUGAAGCGUUCUCCAUGGAAGGAGGAAGAUAAUGAAGUAUGACCGACCUUUCUGAAACUAACAGCUCUGGUUUUGUUGCAAGAAUGAUGUGAUCAUUUGGUCAGUGUGUGAUUAGUUAAACUUGAACUCACUUCAUUUAGGACACUGAAACAUGAUAAGGUACUGUAAUGAUGUUCGUAUAUUACUAAUGAGGGUUGAUUUCACUACAAAGAUUGAAGUAUACUUGUAUUGUUAAUCCUUGAACCAUCCAAUCUGGUAGUAUGUUAUCGUCUAUGUUAUACAUAUCGUAUAUGUAUUGUGAGGCCAGCAUUUAUGUAAAAAAAUCUGGUAAUUUUGGUUUUUACACUUUUUCUCCCAGAUAUUUUCCUGUAUAAAAUAGAAUCCUUUGUUUAAUAUUUUUAAUAUUUUUUCAGAUGUGACUCUUCCUCCGGUGUGUUGUAGUCUCUUUCCUGGAUCUUUUCUAUUGGAACUUUCAACUUUAGAAUCCUUUUUUAAUGCUAUAGAAGAAUUUGCUAGUAGUAGCAGCAGUCUCCUUAAAUAAGAACCAGACUUCACCAUUUAUUUACAUUUAUUUCUUGUAUUCUAAGUUUUUAGAAUGUAAGUUUUAUCUUUGAGGUCAUACAGCUUUCUUGUUCUAAUAACUUCUGUUUUCAUAUUUUUCUUAAAUCUUCUUGACAUUCUAUUCUAUUCAUACUUCGCUUGACUUAGUGUAAGAAAGAAGCUUCCCAAAGUACUUGGCAUCCCAUCAAGGAAAGCGAAGGAUGAAUUCUAGUGUGUGGAAAAUGUGAUAGCAUCAGAGGUAUUAAUUGUGUAACCUAAAAUAAAUCUACGUUAGCAAUCUGGUUUUGCUAAUGACAGGCUCCUUAUUGGGUUUUAGCAUUAAAAAAACAAUAGAGCAGUUUGUCCUAGGAGAUCAUGUGGUUAUGGACAAACAUAUUCUGCUAACUGUAGAUGGUAUUUGGCAAGGACGUAAAAUAUAACUACAUUUCAUGCUAGGAGAAAUGGUAAAAUGAUGUAUUGGCAAGUUUUGAAUGGCAGUUAGAGGUAAAGAGCUAAGAGUCAUCAGGUGUGAGGACACAACUAUGGGAGGUUGUGUUUCCCACCAAGAUUCAAAUAGGGAAGGUGUUGGCAAGAGAGAUGGUAAUUGAUAACAUUUUUUGCCUCUUUGAGAAGCGACAUGUAGAUACCAGGACUCAUUUGGGGCUUUGAACUGUUGCCAUAUCUGCCAGCUUCCUUUGUGUGUCUGCUUGUACUUUUUGCCACAUUAGGGUUAAGAAGAUGUCAUCUAGCAAACUGUUUUAAAGACUUGUCAUUUCUUCCAGUGUAAGAUAAAAAGACCCAAGCAUGAUGUGCAUUUGCCACAGUGAAUACAUUAUACAAUAAAAUUUAAUGUAGGUGGUAGUAAAGGUGUGACACAGUAACUUUCUAGAUUCCGCCAUUCUUGGAUGCCUUUUUAGGACCUUUCUAGUUCUUUUCUGUGCUAGGUCCUUGUUCACUAUUUCUGCAGUAACUUUGGAAAAUAAUUUUUUAUUUUCACAGAAUCACAGAACAGCCCAGGUUGGAAGGGACCUGAAAACAUCAAUCUGGCCCAAUCUUUCAUGGGAAAGGGAGCCUAGAUGAGAUGAGCUAGCACCCUGCCCAGUCACAUCUUAAAAACUUCCAGCGAUGGGGACUCUUAUCACAUCCCUGGGGAGGUUGUUCCAGUGAUGGAGUGUUCUCGUUGUGAAAAAUUUCUUUAUAUCAAGAUGAAACUUCUCCUGGUGCAACUGAUAGCUGUUUUCUCUUGUCAUCUCUGUGUGGCUACUUGUGAAGAGAGCACCUCCAUCCUCUAGAAGCCACCAUUUAAGUACUGGAAAAUUGUGAUGAGGUGCCAUUUUGUUCUGCAGGGUGAUAAGGCCCGGAGUCUCAUUCAGGUUCUCCUCAUAGGGCAGAGGAAUUUUAAUCAUUUUCCAGACACAGCAUGAGAAAGACCAUAAAUACGGAAUUAAAAAAAUAAUCAGAGUUCUGUAAGGACAAUAUAGCAUACUGCCAAAAAAGCAGCAUUGCUUGUGUGGGUGAUAAGUGCACAUCCACCAUGUAUUUCUGUAUGUUUCAGACUGAUUCUUACAGUAGUUCCACGUGGAAAAAAAAUAAUGCUUUCUCUGGGUGUGCUCAGUACAAAACCAAAAUUCUGUAUCUUUAAAGUAACCAAACCGAAACAAAACCCCCAAACAAGCCAGACUGCCUGAGUUACUGGAACAGGAGGUGAUUUCAGCAUAAGAUCUCUGUGGAAAUCCUGCAGUACCUGGUUCCAUGGGGCUCAAUGCCAUUACAUCUCAUAGGGCCAUUUGUUGUGCACUGCUAUGAUACUUUCCAGAAAUGUCCACAAAGAAGAGCUUGUUUUCAUAGAAGGUACCUAAAAGAGAAAAGCUGAGAUUCUAAACAAGAUUAGUCUAGAAGCCAACAUUCUGCCUUGAGUUAGCUCAUUAUUAGAUAAAACAGAACUAAACCGAGGAUUUAUUUUGGCAUGACUCAAACAAUCAAUAUUUCAAAGUUCAUGGCAGUAACUCAAGCUUGGCUUGAAGGGGAAAGUAUUAGUAAAAUUUCUAGUUGCUAUUUGCAUAGCACAUGAGCCAUUGUAACAGCUGAUGAAUAAAGAAAUGAGCAAUUACAGGCUUUAAAUGUGGACUUAAGGUGUAUAAAGGCAGGGGUUAAAGAGCACAUAGGGUAUUAGUACAUUUCUUAGGAUGUCUAAAGGCUUUUACAAUACAGUAUUUACGAGUUUUUAAAAAUCAUAAGUUAAUUUUUGGACUUUUAUAACUUCAUUGAACUAUUUUUGUGCACCACAUUUGCUUGUGGAUUCUGGUAACGGGCACCUUAAAACGCUGCAGUAGUGUUGCGAUCCUGGAUGUACACAGUAUCUGUGGUCUGGUGCUGAUGCUAUGUUGUGGUAGCUGUAAUGUACAGUCUUCGGGUUUGCCUUGUCCUGCAGGGCCUGGAAGAAUGCAAGAGAAAAAGUUUCCAAGUUUCCAGCAUACUCAGUAUAGCUGGCUGCAGGAGCGUAGGAUAGUGAAGGAAGCAAUCCUGCUUUCUCAGCCCAGCUUUUCUGAAUGUCAGUCAGCAAAAUACUGUGGUUCAAUAUUCUGCUACUGUUACUGUACUUUUUUUCACUACUGUCAGUGUUAUGAAAGGUUCAAAAGACAUUACUGAAUAAGAGUGGACACAAGUGCCUUUUUUUUGUCUUUUGCAGACAUCAGGCACGCUGUUGUCAUGCAAUGUUUUAUAUUAACUUCUUAAGGUAAAAGUGAUAGGCUAGUGAUACACAAAAGCAAAUCAGCAUGGUGAUGGUUAGCAGGAUUCUUUAAGCGUUUUAGGCUUGGUGUAUAUGCAGUUUGCCCCUAUUUGUCUAAAGAUAGGAUGUUGCAAUCUAAAUCAACAUAAGCCAGGUCUGCAGAGAGUGUGAACAUGCAUAUAUACACAUUUCUACUAGCUUUGUUGACCUGGAGUAAUAGCAUAGCUUUAGUUAAGCUUUUAUUCUUCUGUAUAGGUAAAUCUUUGCUGAACACUGAUAUUACAUGAAAAACCUUAAGGACAAAAAUAACAAAUGUAAGGACAAAUGUAAUGUCUAUGUUUACACUUUUUAUUAUAAGACUGUUUGUAUGAAAAAUACUUUGUUUUGCUUACAGCUGCUCAUUACUUGCCUUUAGUCAGAGUCCUGCUUCUCAAGGUGACAGUGGUUUGAGUUAAAGGCUGAAUAGAGCAGAUAAGGAUAACUUCAGAAGAUAAUUUUGUUUUCUUAGUAUCUUACAAUUUAGAAAGAAUUGCAAUUUAUGUUUUUGAGGUGAUGGAAUAUUUUAGCAGUAACAACUCUAAAGGGAAGGUUCUUCUUUUUCAAGAGGUCAACUCUGUUCUUCAAGCACAUCAAGAACACACAUUGUUAUCAAGUAUAUCAUGUUUGGCGUGCCUGAAGUAUGUAUUAGUCACUUGUAUCCACUGUAUUUUCUUUAAAUAAAUACUGCAGGAUCCACUCUA